UCUCGAACCGUCUCAAAUCCAAUCCGUCAGCAUGUUUCUUCUAUUUGAGGCCCGGAAAACCCUAGUUCCUCAUUGUUAGAGAUUUCUGAGGCCUUGUUGUAGCGCUUCGUCGAAGGAGCCUUCGGGUGGAUUGAAGUUCUACUGUGAUUCUUAAUUCUCCGACAAGAUGCAGAACGAGGAGGGUCAGUACAUGGAUCUUUACAUCCCAAGGAAAUGCUCUGCAACAAACCGCCUCAUUACUUCAAAGGAUCAUGCUUCGGUUCAGAUAAAUAUUGGACAUCUUGAUGAAAAUGGGAUUUACACUGGACAAUUCACCACUUUUGCACUCUGUGGUUUCAUUCGUGCACAGGGUGAUGCUGACAGUGCUCUGGACAGAUUGUGGCAAAAGAAGAAGGCAGAAAUUCGACAAUAGGGGCAAGUCUGCUGCAAUAUUUUUUGCUUGUCUUAAGCCUAUAGUUCCUUGGUGUCUGGCGUUCUGUCUGAUGUUGAUUUCAUGAGUAAAGACUUUUAGGUUCUUGUCCUGGCAACCUGGGCCUCAUUUUGUUCUGAUCCUGGUGCUUUGGUAACCUUGGAAACAUUUUACAUGCCCUGAUUUUCAGAUUAAAUGUAGACUCGUUUUUAUUC